AUGGAUCUGCUUGAUUUAUCUGCCAAAGCUGUAAUUGAACUGAGACUCUCUAAGGUCACGAGUUUUUGCUUGUUUUUCAUGUUGUUGCUUCUGAGAAGACGCUUGAAGCGAGAACAGGCUAUUGUAAAAUACCUUCGAAACAUUCCCGCCACACCCAACCCCAUCUCCGCAGCAAUUUUAAGUUAUGAAUACAAAUUGAACGAUUCGUGUAGGAACUUUCGUAUUGUGCUCUACCAGUUUGCAUUGUUAUGUGGACUUCGGUUGUUUCGAGGGUCAGCCCAGUUGAUGCAACGUUUCGUCACUCAAAGAAAAGUCCCAAAGAAGGAAAUCAAAACAGCUUGGUUCACCCUGUGGAACCUUGCCACUUUUGUGGAAACUAUACUAACCACAUUACCUUACUUCAUAUGGUAUGCAAUAGUGCCGGAAAUGAGCAGGAACUCGUGCCGUAGAAAGCACACGAAUACAGGCACUAAGAAAACCGUCACCGGAACUCUGAGUGAACUGGACAAUUAUUUUGCGCAGGCACUUCAUAAUCUUGGUGACACCGUAGUUGAAGAAAGGCGCUUUCCUUUGAUUAUGCGUCACCUAAAAAUGUGCAAAAUGCGUCUUUUGAAUAAAUACACUGAAGCAAAAACGAAACCAUACGGUGAGCAACUUGAGUCGGUCGAUCCCAUCCCCUGCGUGAAUGCUGGUGGUCUGUCUGUGUCACAUCCCGAAGACAACCUGACACGCGGUGUUUCGGAGCUCCUGACUCGUCGCAAAGAGGGUUGA